AUGAAGACAUUUUCACUGAAAGACACUCGGGGCCUUCUGGUUGCCGCUCUUUUUGCCAUGGCCCAACUUUCAGCAGGACAUUCCUGGCCCGAACAAGUGAGGCGCAUCGCACCAAACGGCACCUUGGUCGGACCACUGGGUUACUCGAGGGCUUACAAACCUGGGGACAAUCAGUACAUGCUUCUUGACAAACUCGAUUCUGCUCUCCUUUAUUUCCCAGACAGGGCAGUCCUCACUGAUCAAAGCUACAAUGUCGACUAUGCAAUGCCAAAGGCUGCCCCAGGAGAUUGGGUAGCUGUCCAAUACAAUGAGAACGGCCACGUUUCGCUCGCAGAAGCACCCAAUAUCGGGAGGAACUCACCUGUAAAUCGGGGUACCAUCUACCUAUAUGGCACGACCAACAACGACCUAGCCGAUGUCCGCUUCGCUGAUGUUCACCUCAAAUGGACGGCUGAUGGCACCGGCGGCGAUAAGAAGGGAAGGCUCUUGGCUACCAGGCACUUUGACGACGGUCAAUGUCGUGAGCCCGUCGACAAAACAUCUGGCGACCCCACAGGCAUCAAAGCUUUCCGCCGGGCCAAUUACAAGAUUCCGCCCACAAUGGGAGAUCGCCUCAUGUUGUACACAAUCAUCUGGGUCUGGGACUGGCCACAAACGCACAAGCGGGGCGUCGCCGUCUCUCCUUAUACCUUCAUCGAGGAGUACAAAGACCCUAUAGUGUCAGUUCCCGAAAUUUAUACCGGAGUUGUCGAUAUCGAGAUUGUCAACCCGUGCGACGAAAGCCUUGGUGAAGUUAAGGGUCCUGGAUGCAAAAAAGGGGGCGAGAGUGACGUGCAGUUUGUGGAAACGGACUCCAGCAAAGCUGCUAUCCGAUCACAGAUGGCGAAUCUUUUCAUGGUCAAGGUCCCGCAGAAAGGGAAGGCCGCGAAAGCUGGCGUUGACUACAACGAAGCUGAUAUCCCAAUGGCUGGUUUGAUUGGGGUAGAGGUAGUACCGAUUCCCAUUUCCAACGAUAUUCAGGCUAGAAACAUGGCCCGACAAAAGAGCAUGGCUGUAGGAGGUAACCUUAAUGCUCCUUCUGCAACCCAAUCUGGAAGCCCUCUCGCCGGCGGAGUAUUUCUAAGCGCCUCCUCUUCGACCGCUCCCACUCCGUCAGCAUCAUCUACGCCUGUUUCAUCGGCAUCUGAAGCAUCAAACUCGGCCCCUACUUCGAUACCAGCCACUGUAUCUCAUCAAUCCAGUGUGUCCGCACCGGCUAGCACCAACAUCCCGACUGAAAAAAGCGGCCAAAUUCCCGUCGCCGGAAAUACCAAGUUUGUGAAGGUUACGCAGACCAUCACCAUACCCGCAUCUACCGUCUACGUAACCGAGACUACCCAGACUGCUAUUAUGACUGCGACCAUCCACGAGACCGCAUACAACCAGACCACGAGCGUUGCCAGAUUCCGUCGCGGAAGAGGCCAAUGGGGCUUUGUUAGCAGGAAUUGA